AUGCCUGUCCCUAGCAAGCAUACAACUGUUGGCUGCUCUCAGAGCUGGGACUCUAGCGGAUGGUACAAAGACAACUGGGACAACGACAGCGCAUGCGAAUACCAAAGGCCUCGUAGGAGAAGAGAUUCACUAACCUACUCCAGUGACGGUGUCUGCGACGGCAGUGUUAGCGUCAGAGUGCAUGAUCACAACGUUGCAGAAGGGUAUGAACAUAAUUACGAACAUUACAGGUAUCCAGAUUCUGGGUUUGAUGAAGAUUAUCCCAAUCGCUAUGAUCACAGACUUCUGAGAAAAUCCUCUGUACCUGAUCUCUCUUGUUCCCAUGAAAAGCAGGCCGUGAUGUCUGGACGCAACUCAGUGCCACCUCAGGAUUACUAUGGCGAGCCUGGUCUGGCAGUUAGGCCAUCUGAAGAGGCACGAUUUUAUAGGGAUCAUAUGCUUAACAGAUCAGCGCAGAAUUAUGGGAUGUCAGGUGGGAGAAUGUCGUGGGACCACUCGCAAGGGAGGCCCCCUCCCCCUCCUGAGGUAAACCGUAUGUACCAUGAUCCUUCUGGUAAGCUGGUCCACGACGGACAGAAGAUGCGCAGUCGAGAUCCUUCUCCUGCCAGGUAUGGUGCUGAAACGCCUCUCCCUCGUUAUGGGGCUGAACCACCACCUCUCUCUGGUAAGCAGAUGUACAGUGAUGCCACUGGUCGGCCAGUGGACUCUAACAGCACACGACAGAUUACUCCAACAUGUUUAGUUGUGGAUCCUGUCACUGGAUCUCGGUGUGAGAACAGUUUGGAUAGAAUGCUGUCCCCUGGCACACUGAACCACAGCCGUAGGCAAGGAGUGACGACUCGAAUAAUGCAUGAUUACGGAACGCACAGAGAUGGUUUAAUUUCAAAGCCUAUUUAUGAUGGUUAUGACAACACCAUGCUGACCCGCAGCCAUCUUGCUGCUGGAAUCCACGGGCAGGACAGCAAAGCUGAAUUCCUGGCGCUGCUGCGCUCAGAAGGGUUAUCUGAAAACACAAUUGCAAACUUAUUGCAACAAGGAUUUGAUUCAACAAACUUCCUGGCCAUGUUGGAAGAAAAUGAUGUUAAGUCUGUGGCUCCGAAUCUGGGUCAGGCGCGAUUGCUGUUACGGCUUGUCCACAGUUGCAAAGCGGACAUGCAGUUACGACAAGAGUUGCAGAACAGCAGUGCCCGGAUGAGAACACGUUCAAACAGCUUCAGUCACAGAAGUGAGCUGAUGCGUAAUGACUAUGGAGUUCAGCCAGGGGUGGUCCCUACAAUGGAUAAUCCCACUGCUCAGCAGCUACCAAUGGCAUUGCAACCAAUGUCACCCAGGCUUGCUGAAGUGAACCGUCGGCCAUCCAGUGCCCCAUCCCAGCAUCUCCUCGAAACUGCUAACUAUGGUUCCUCUGGGCCUGGAAGACUGGGGAACCAUUUUCCAAGCUUCACAGGCUACAGCGGCACUUCCCCAGUUGGGCUGCAGAACCUGCGUUCAGGGCCUCUCUACCCUGCUCAGUCCGGAAUAGCAAUGACUACACUGCAGGCCUCUCCAAAUACAGGUCCCAAAACUGCUUACUCUACUACUUACACUGUACCCAUAGAACUAAUGACGAGGGAGCGCAGCUCAACUCAGUCUCUUAUGCACAGCCCUCACAACAGUCCUCGGAUUCUCCGAAAGCCGGGAACACAGGUGGAGUCUACACUGGUACCUACAAGCUCAGCUUACCAGCUGGCGAAUCCUGCAAACCCAAAAGUGACCAGGCGUACUGGACCUCCAGUCAUUGUCUCCACAAUGGCAUCACCUGAACCAAGUAUCCGUCCUCAAAUUAUGAAUGGACCAAUGCAUCCACGUCCUCUGGUGGCACUGCUAGAUGGCAGAGACUGUACCGUGGAGAUGCCAAUCCUGAAGGACAUGGCAACUGUUGCUUUCUGUGACGCACAAUCUACUCAGGAGAUUCAUGAAAAGGUUUUAAAUGAAGCCGUGGGUGCACUAAUGUACCACAAUAUUACCCUGACCAGAGAAGAUCUGGAGAAGUUCAAAGCCCUGCGAAUAAUUGUACGGAUAGGUAGUGGAUAUGAUAAUAUUGAUGUGAAGACUGCAGGAGAGCUCGGGAUUGCUGUGUGUAAUAUCCCGGCUGCAGCCGUGGAAGAGACGGCCGACUCCACCCUCUGUCACAUUCUUAACUUAUACCGACGGAACACGUGGCUGUACCAGGCGCUGCGCGAGGGCACCCGAGUACAGAGUGUCGAACAGAUCCGAGAGGUGGCAUCGGGAGCAGCCAGAAUCCGGGGCGAAACCCUUGGACUCAUCGGUUUUGGUCGUGUUGGCCAGGCUGUUGCUGUUCGAGCUAAAAUCUUUGGGUUUAAUAUAAUAUUUUAUGAUCCGUACUUGCCUGACGGAAUUGAAAGAGCUCUGGGCGUUCAGCGAGUUUAUACUCUGCAGGAUCUACUAUACCAGAGUGACUGUGUGUCAUUGCACUGCAACCUGAAUGAACACAACCACCAUCUUAUUAAUGACUUUACCAUCAAACAGAUGAGACAGGGAGCAUUUUUGGUUAACACAGCGCGAGGUGGAUUGGUCGAUGAGAAGGCUUUAGCACAGGGGCUGAAAGAGGGAAGGAUACGAGGAGCUGCUCUUGAUGUCCAUGAGAGUGAACCCUUCAGUUUCACACAAGGCCCACUGAAAGAUGCUCCCAAUUUGAUCUGCACACCUCACACAUCUUGGUACAGUGAGCAGGCAUCCCUAGAGAUGAGAGAAGCAGCUGCCACUGAGAUUCGUAGAGCUAUUACAGGUCGGAUCCCAGACAGUUUAAGAAACUGUGUAAAUAAGGAUUACUUUGUUACAACUGCUGCCUGGCCAACAAUGGACCAGCAGGCUGUCCAUCCAGAGCUCAAUGGAGCCACCUACAGGUAUCCUCCUGGUAUCGUGGGUGUAACGUCUGCAGGAAUCCCAGCAUCCAUGGAAGGAAUGGUUCCCGGUGGAGUGACAGUCUCCCAUAACCUUCCUGCUGUAGUACAUCCGUCCCACACUCCAUCUCCCAAUCAGCCCACAAAACACGAAGGCGACAGAGAGCACACCACUGAGCAAUAGCAUAUUGCAGAGCUCAUCCAGUGUUAGGGUUGGGACCAAGAGACACCGAAAAUAUCAUUAUGAAAAUGGAAUAUUUAUAAGGAUAUUUGAGACUUGAAACUCUUCUAAGAAUUUGUACUCUCUACAGCUGCCAGCCUUGAGAAGUUAGUGUUAUCAAUGGAUGGGACUGAAAGCUGCAUUAAACCCAAGAGAACUCCCUUGACUCAACAGAAACUAAGUAUUUUACAAAGUGUGGUUUCCGAUAAAAUGUCCCUGUUGAUAAAUGUGUGUCAUGUUCCUUCAUAUCUUUUAUCUGUUGAUCACAAGUUUUACUGGGUAGAUUUUUCUUAUAAUUUGAAGUAAGUGUUUGAUAGGUGAUAAGAGAGAGUGAAAUGUGCUAUUGACAGAAAAUGGUAGCCUUAGGUGUGGAGUUUCAAUAGGUAGCUUGAAGCAUUUCCCUUCAUCUCAGGAACAAAACCUUUUGUAUCGUUUGUUGGCAAGUUUGACUUCAAAUCAUUUAUUCCUCAAGGGAUCUCCCAUUUCUUGAACAAAAUAUUGUUCCUCUUUGUCAUGUGGCUUUUUUAAAAAAAGUAAGAACUCACCUCAAAUGUGAUUUGUCUGGACAUUUGAAUCAAUCAUGUUUAGUUCCACAUGCAUCAGUGCAGUUUCUUACCAGUGAGAAUGGUGAAGGAGGAGCUGUAAUACCAGAUAUAGCAACCAGCAGUGAUGACCUUGAUGGGGUGAUGUGGUUAGAAUGGAUUCUCUUCAAUAUUAAGCAGGUCACUUAGCUGAGAAAGUCAGCAUUGAGUACCAGAUUCAAAUUGAAAAGGUUACAAAUUCCUUCCCAUUCACUCCUCUUACAUAGGACUUGUGAUCCUGUCAAACUACUACCCCAGCAAAACUUGGGUUCAUUUUCAAGCAUUUCCACUAUCAAAGAAUUUCUUGAUUCUCAACACACUGGACAUUAUCAAUCAGUCGCCUGAUUUCACUUAAAAACAGCAGCUCAAGUUACAUAAACAGAUUUCAGUAAAGCUUAACUUUUGGUUACUGUUGUUUUCAAAUAACAAGUGUUUUGUGUUUUAUUUUAGUUAUAUUCAGUUGCUGAGUGAAAGACUUAACUGAGCUGAAUUUAGUAUUGCACAUUAUUAUAGCCCGAAGUCCUGAUCCAAACCUUUUCCUUUGCUAAAUAUGUGUUUAUUGUGAUUCCACUCUAUUACUAUUUUUAUAGAGUUCUAGCAAUCAUUUCUUGUAUGUAGUUUUAAAGAUUGUUUUUAAAAUCAGCAAAGGCAAAUUGUCUAGUGAUUUCUGUGAAUCUAUGGAAAGCGCAUACCACUGCUGUGAGUUUGGGGAGGGGGGUGGGGUGGGGGGGAAGAAAAAGAUGCUUGCUGUACCUGGAUAUUAACCUGCCCCUUUAAAGGAAGGGUCAUCAUUCAAUUAUGGAGAUCAAAAGUAUGCGUGUGUGAAAGACUUUGUUUAAACAUUCUUUUAGGCUUUAAGUGUUAUCAUUUAAACUAGAAAGCUCUUUAUUAACGUUUGUUAAAUUGUGUCAUAAACUUGCUGUUCUGUUGUUCAAAUGUUGUGUGCAGCCAUGUUGGGUUAACAUUACUAGUGUUAAGCCUUUUUCACUUGAAACUUUUUUGGUAGCUGUGCAGUGACAGUUUCCAAUUGCAGGUAAAAUCAUUUUUUAAAGUCAGUCUUUCAAUUUCUAUAUUUCUUCAACAAUUUGUGUUAACAGUGAGAAAAUAUAAAGAAUUAAAACUAUUGCAAUUA